UUGAAGGAAGAGGCGCCGUGGAAGCUAAAGACAGCGAAUGUUGAAGCUCCGCCUUCCCGCCGGCGCCGCCAGGUCGCAUAGCCGCUCCUUCGCUACCAAGUACACCGGACGCGUGGUCCACGAGGGUGACUCAGGUCGCACACUCUCCGUCGCCGUCGACCCCCCAGCCGCAGCCGCAACCGCAGCCGCCCCGCGAGAUGUCCGAGGCUAUGCCUAUCCUAGAAAGGAUCUCGUCUGCCGCCUCGCCCACCUCCUCCGCCGUCGCACUUCCUCCUCCACUGAUUCCCUCCCGCCGGACCUCCUUGACUACUUCCAAUCCCUCGCCGUUACGCCCACCCCGCUCGAGGUGAGCGAGGCUCUUCGCGCAGCAUGCCCCACCCCCGCCACCGCCCUCGCCUUCUUCCGCCUCGUCGCCUCCCUCCCCGGAUUCCGCCACGAUGUGUCCAGCUAUAAUCGGAUGAUAAACAUCCUCGGGCGCUCGGGCGAUGCCGCUGGCGUUGCCAGCCUCGUGGGCGAGAUGAAGACGGAAGGCGUCCGUGGCACUAUCUCCACUAUCAAUAUGCUGAUCGGGAUAUACGGAGCGUCGCCGCCAGCGGAACUCGACCGGUGCCUGGGGCUCGCCGCCAGGUGGGGGUUGGUUUUAAAUUGCUACAGCUACAAAUGCUUAGUCCAGGCGUGGCUCCGGUCGGGCGAUGCUGACGGGGCGUACGGUGCCUACCAGAAGAUGAGGAGCCGAGGUUUCAAAUUAGACGUCGUUGGGUACAACAUGCUGUUGGAUGCCCUGGCGAAGCAUGAUCAGGUUGACAAAGCUUACAAGGUUUUCCAGGAUAUGAAGCAAAAGCACUGUGAACCAGACGAGUAUACAUACACUAUCCUUAUCCGGAUGGCUGGAAAGAAAGGUCGGGUAGAUGAGUUCCUUAGCUUUUUUGAUGAGAUGAUUUCAAAGGGUUGUACCCCAAACCUUAUUGCCUACAACACCAUGCUUCAGGCUCUUGCUAUAAAUCACAUGGUGGAAAGGACAAUUUUCCUGUUCUCUAAGAUGGUGGAGAAGGGGUGUCGACCCAAUGAAUUUACCUACAAAGUCAUCCUACAAGUCCUGGUAGCAACAGGACAGUUAGAUAGAUUGAGCAAAGUAGUAGAAAUCUCAAAGAACCACAUGAAUAAGGGAAUCUAUGCUUAUAUGGUAAGAACACUCAGCCGACUGGGCCAUGCUAGCGAAGCUCACAAGUUAUUUUGCAACAUGUGGAGCCAUGACCAGAAGGGUGAUCACACUGCAUGUCUGUCCAUGUUAGAGAAUCUCUGCAAUGCCGGGAAGACAGAAGAAGCGCUGGAUCUGCUAACUAAGAUUGAAGAGUAUGGAUUAAAUUUUGACAGUGUCAUGUAUAAUCUGGUAUUCUCUGCCCUUGGCAAGGCAAGACAGGUAUCUUCUAUACUAGCUCUUUAUGAGAAGAUGAAGAAGGAUGGGCCCCCACCAGAUGUCUUUACAUAUAACAUUCUUAUUUCAACCUUUGGGAGAAUGAGGCAUGUCAAGGAGGCCCUAAGAUUCUUUGAGGAAAUGGAGAAAAGUGACUCUAAACCCGAUGUUGUCACUUACAAUUCAUUAAUCAAUUGCCUUGGAAAAAAUGGCGAGCUUGAUGAAGCACACAUGCGGUUCAAAGAGAUGCAAGAAAAGGGUCUCGCUCCUGAUGUGUUCACUUACAGUACUCUCAUCGAAUGUUUUGGCAAGUCAAAUUGUGUUGAGAUGGCAAGCAAAUUGUUUGAUGAGAUGAUUGCUGAAGGAUGUUAUCCGAAUAUAGUGACUUACAAUAUAUUGCUUGAUUGCCUUGAGAAGUGCGGGAAGACAUCAGAAGCUGUAAAACUCUAUGAACGGUUGAAGCAGCAGGGUUUAACUCCAGACAAUAUCACAUAUUCAGUACUUGAACGCCUGCAAAGUGGGUCGCGGAGGGUUGUGAGAGUUCAGAAGCCAAGCCGCAUUACAGGUUGGGUCGUUAGUGCAUUGAGAUGAUUCAUCAAGCAUCAUAUUUUGGUAGCACAUGUAGCUGAUGUUUUUCUCUUCCUGCGGUCAUAAAGUCACUCUCAGCAGGUUAUGGAUUGUGAGAUGUUAUCGGAUGGCAUUGCGCUCAGGAAGAAAAGGAUGAUCAGCUUAUGUUUUUAUGCAGCUCCGGCGACAGGUGCUUGAAAAUGUUGAAGGCCUGGGCGGUUGUCAUUCUGUGAAGUGCACAUCUUCUGCAAGGUGCUUCGAGGUUCAACUUACGCAUCAGAUACCGAAGGAUCUGAAGGUGCUUGUACAGCAGUAAGUCGGUUUAAGUUGUGAAAUUUUGAUGGGGGAAGGAGGAUUGGCAGACUGCAGAGGGGUUUUUGGUGUUGGGUGGCGCAGAAGAGAUGCACACCAUUACGAGACUAGUCACGGAGGUGGAAAACCUGGUAAACUGGUCAAGGGGCAUUGCGUAUAAAAAUUUUUAAGGGAAGGGUGUAGAAGGGUAAUUGAGUUUUACUUUCUUCGGCUUUUCUGAAUCCAAUUACAAUCUGAUUAUCUGUGUAUUUAUCUGAUCCAAAUCCUACCCUGUUGGCACCCUUAACUGAAGGCAUGAGAGAGAGAGAGACACCAGUGCACAUUAUUUGUCUGUAUCACUGUGUAAAGGAUGUUGAUAAAAAGGGAAGACGGACGUUGCUGUGAAACGGUGCAUCAAUUAAAUACGAUGGUUGCAGAGAAAGACUAUGACUCUUGAAAUUGUAAUGGUUAGGUUCAACUUUCAGAUCUACAGUGGGAGGAGGAUUCUAGUUUAAUAAUUGGCUGAUGGCCUAUAGUAUGACUUAUAUUGGCAGAACAUUUUACAGAGGCAGAGUGCACAUUGGUUCCAUAGCUCGCAAGAUCAGCAGCAAUUCAUUGGUCUGUUCUUCAUAGAGCAAAAAUCAGUAACUAGUGAGAAGCCACUAGGACUUUCUUUGAAAUAAAAUACUAUGAUACAUUGAUACGGCAAUGAGAAGCCAACAUGGUUGUGAUC